UGACCUUGUAUAUAUUCCAAGGUCUACAACUGUAGAUGCGGCAUGUGUAGAAGUGAGCAAGUGACUGACCCAUUCAAGACUAAAUUACGCAUGCGCAAAUUUUUUCAGCAGUAGACUGAUAAUAGACUUUACUGACAAUAGACUGAGUAGACUAUCUUUCUAACAAAAAACAAUCAGUCGGGUUGUGACUGUCUCCAAUCAUACAUCUAACUUACAUGAAUAUUUCUUAUUUGUGUGCUUUUUGAAGUAUUUUGUAAAUUUACUCCAAAGAGGUGUUGUACUAUGUCUUCUUGGAAAAGACCAAAAGAUGUACCAUAUCCCUCAGUUUGGGCAAGAUUUCAAGGCAAAGUCAGUGAAGAUGGGAAACCACCUCUUUGGUACACAAUACAAGACGUUCCUGAACACUUAUUUGAAGAUUUAAUUCAACACAUGACUCGAUAUUUCCUUGUGAGAGAAAUCACCUGCGCAACACUUGGAUUACUUGAGGAUCCUGUUUCGCUUGCAGAGUUUCAAUCACUCUGGAGAGAAAAACUCAGUCAAAAAAUGAGCAUAGUUGCUCUAGUGGAUGGCGAUGAAGAACCCUCCAAGAGAAUCGCUGGAUGCAACAUGUUACAUACAAUCACGCUCGAGGACCAACAGAAAAGUAAAAAUGUCCAGUAUAAUGGAAGAGUAAUGCAGAAGCAGAUGCUUGUAUUCGAUGAUCUAUACAACCGGGAGAACAUUUUUGAGAAAUUCAACGUGGAUGUUUACAUGUCGGCGAUUGGCCUGAGCGUAGCUCCCCAGUAUCAUCAGGACAACGUGGGGUAUCAUCUGCUGAUGGCCCGAACCCCUCUCUGUCGAGCCACCGGACUACGACUCAUGGUCACAUACUUCUCAAGUGCGGCUGCAGUUCAUGAGGCUUUCAAAGCUGGAUUCAAACUGCUGCAGUACGAGUCGACAAAAACCUACAAACUAAACGGUCAAGUUCUUUAUCCCAGAUUGAAUGGUCAACUUGUACUCACUGCUAAAACUGUACCAGAGUUGAUGGAGAAAUAGAAGUGUGUUUCCAGUUUGUUAAAAGAACUCUAAUAGGCUAUCAAUAUAGCUGUUUCACUUACGCCAACAUCUACUAUUAUUAUGAGCACAUUUUUCUAAUGGAUACAAGUUUUUGAAAUAUUAGAUGUAUCAAAUUAAAUAAGACGUUGUAGUAAUAUCAAUAUUGCUGUUGCUAAUGUGAAUUUUUCCAGUAUUAUAUUCUUUUCAAUCAUGAUAAUGACAUUUGUCAUGAUUAUUAUUCAUUCAUUUAUAUAGUGUUAAACACUCAUAAUCAUAAAACGAUUGUAAAUGAAAAAACAGGCUUACU